GUGGCCCUUUCCUGGCUGUGGGCGCCCCCGCCAGCACAUCCGAAGACCUCGGUCGCAGGUUACGAGUUGUGCUGAAGAAAUCAUGCAUUGAGUGGAGCUCGAGAUGGAAAAUGUUUCAGGAAGAAUCAUCUGCUGUGGCUUUGUGGCUUAAAUUAAUCACAUCAGUGAGUCUCUGCCUUGGCCUUUUCCAGAGCUGGCAGCAAAGUCUUGGGGAGAACGCCAAGGCGUGAUCUCUCUUUAGUCCCUGAUUCUGCACUUUCCACCAGCUGUGUGACCUUGGGCGAGUUACUCAGCCUCACUCACUUUGUCCAUAAAAUGGGGAUAAUGCCAUCCAUGCAGAUAGGGCUCACUGGCCUCCUAGUCUUCUUACUGAGUUGAACCAUUGUGAGAAUUAAAAGAGAUUCUGUAUUUGAGGACCUGGUUCCUAACGUGGUGCCCAGCAAACAGGAGUUUACACCCUCACAGCUGGUAGGAACGGGAGUGUUUGCUCAGCGCUGCCAGUGGGAAGUCCCCCAGUUCCAGAAGCAGCUGCCUUGGAUGGUGCAGGCACCCAGCGUUGCCACCUGAUGCCAGGGGAUUGUGUCAUGACUCCAGGGAGGGCGGUGCCUGGGAUGCUGUGCCCCCUUGCCACAGUGCCAGCUACGGCCUCAGGUAGGGAGUGUGCACGCCCCCAUGUGGCCCUUGAUGGGGGAGACCUGAGCUGGUCAGAGGAUGUUUUGAGAAGCAGUUCUGGCUGGCCUGCUGAGAUGCAAGGGUGCAUCCCCGUGGGGGGUCAGCCCACGGACCCGCACCCUGAGGACACCCUUGCCUCUCUCCAGGGCGCCUCUGUAGUGCCUUCGGAUAACGUUGUGCAGUUUGUAGAGUGGAGGCGGUGAUACAUUUGACAGAGUUGGGCAGGUGGGAGGCUGGCGCUGCUGGGACUGUGGCUUGGGCGGGGAUGAGUGGAGGUUGCCAGCAGCUGAGUCUUCCCCGUGGCCUUGGGGCUCUCUGGUCUUGGAGUUAUCUUGGCUGUGCUUCAAACUUUAGAGUAGGGUUGCACUGAGAAGCUUCAAGACUUCUCUUAAAAAAAAGCGAGGACAGGGAACUGUCUUGACAGAUGAAGAGAUUUAGACUCUCGUCUUGGUUUGAAACUGCUGGGCUGCCCUGUUGUAUGUCUGUCCCUCAUUCGCACCGCCCCCCCCACAAAGGAAAGGCAGCUGCUCUUGCUGAGCUGUUAAACUGUCCCCAACAGACUGUAUGGAUGCGCAGGGGAGACCUGGCUCCCAAACAGGAGGCAGUAAUUUCUCGGAGAUCUGUUGGAACUUUCUGAGAUAAGUUGGAGUAGUUUUAGCUGUAAGUGGUCCCUCCCUGGGCCUGAUGAGUGUGUUUUCUCACAUACAUACACACAUACAACUUUGCUGCUGCUCCCUGCAGGCUCCCUGAGGUUCUGGAAAGAUAGCUUAAUUUGGUCCCUUGGCUGAAGCCUGCAGCCCAGUUGCUGACUAACACUUAGAAAAGUGGUGUCAGUCCUGUUUUCCCCAGCAAUCAGUGCCCACCUGCGGUGUGCCAGGCUCGGGGGGGGGAUGGCCAGGAUCCUGCUCACAAGGCCUUGUCUCCUGCCCUCGGAGAGACAAUGGCGGCUUCUGCUGGUGGCAGCCCAGCGCCAUGGUGCCCCCUUCUGCUCCCUGCCUUUGUUUUGACGGCUGGACUGCCCUCGCUACCUGGGCUUCUUCCUUGCGCUUUCCCACCUUCUUCCUGUUUCCGUGGGUGUGGGGAGCUUUUGUUUUGGACUUAACUUGUGCUCUUUUUCUGUCGUUUCUUUUAAUAAAUCCAAAUGCCAGCUUUAAAGUUUACAUUGAGCAAUAUACCUGAGGCUGAAAUUCUCACUCUAAGCAGAUCUACUUGGAAAACCUAAUAGUUAUUAACUCAGGACAAGGGGCAUCUAUUAGAUGACUUACAAGCUCAGGGCUACCUCAGGCCGCGCCUGCAGGGGAGUGUGAAAACGAACGUAUUUCAGCACUGCAUUCCCCCAAAAGGCCAUCACUGCUGCGUCCCAGUGUAUGUAGAUCUUUGACUGUCACUACGUUUGUGACAGACUCUUCUCCAGAGAGGCUGCGACUGUCUCCAUGCCCGCCAGUGUUGGAGGCUCCUGUUCCCCCCCCACACCACCCCUGUGCUUCUAGCCAGUCUGGUGGUCGCCCGGAGUUUUCCACGUGGUUUUGUGUUUUCCCGUUGCUGAUGGGGUUGAACACCUUUUCGUCUUUAGUGGUGAUUCAUUUUCCUCUUUGGUGAAUUGCCUGUUGGAAUCUUUUUUUGUGCUCGUUUUUCCAUGUGGUUGUUUUCCUUGUCCUGCUUUUUAGGAUCCACUCCUUGAAUUCUAAAUGUGAGCCUGCUGUUAGGUAAGUUUUGUAUCUUCUACCCAGAGGAUUGUCUUUUCUCCUUUUGGUUUAUAUACAGAGGUUCUUAAUUUCAAUACAGUAGAAUUUAUCAGUUUGUUGGUGAAAAUCACAUAUCAUAAAAAUACGUUUCUGUAUUCUAAAAGCUUUACGGUUUUGCCUUUCACAGUUAGGUCUGUAAUCCAUAAGAAUUGACUUGCGUAUGGUUUGAGAUGAGAUUAACUACCUCUCAGUGAAGUUUUAUAAUAUUCCCUGUAGUGGUUUUGCAAGUUUUUUGUUAGAAGAUUUAUUCCUAGGUACAUAGUAUUUUAGGUUGCUAUAAAAAAUGUUCAAAAUUUUUACCUUUUUUUGAUUGUUAUUUGCCAGUGUAAAGAAAUGCAACUGAUUUUCCUUUUUUCGGUCUAACAAUUUUUGACCUGUAAAUCUUUUGAAUUUCUAUGUACACAGAAGAAGUUUUGGUUCUUCUUUCCUUCUUUUUUUUCCCCUGCCCUUUACACUCUGGCUAAAAAUUUGGCACUGGAUGAAUAAAAAUGGUGACAAUCAUGGACAUCCCUGUUUCAUUCCAAAUCUGGAAGAGUCCUUACAGAGUUUCACCAUUAAAUAAGACCUCUGCUGUGUUUUUUGGUUGUUUAUACCCUCUGUCAGAUUGGAGAAAUGUCUCUGUUUUCUGUUCGGUUACAAGUUUCAUCAUGAAUCAGUGGGAAAAUGAACAAUUUCGUGUAGUGAUAAUCUUUCCCCUUUUACAUGUUGCAGUGGAGAACUACAUUGGCUUCUAGUGUUAAACCAGUUAAGCACUGUGGUUGUGACGCCAUCUUAUGUUGCUAGGUUCGGUUUGCUACUGUUGUACGUAUAGCCUUUGCCUCUGUUUUUGUGAGUGAGGUUGGACGUCUGUAGGUUUUCUUUAGCGGGGUCUGGUAUCAGGGUAUCACUGUCUUUACAGAGUGAGUUGGGCACUUUUUUUGUUGUUCUCCCGAAGAUUUUGUAAGCUUGGGAUUAUUUCUUCCUCGAAUGCUUGGCAGAGCUCUACAGUGCAGGUACUUACCCUCGAGUUGUAGUGGGUUUGGGCUAUUACACUUGGAAGGAAUUUGUUGAUUUCAUCUAACCUUCUCACUUUAUUGUCAUAAACUUUCCAUACUGUCCUGUGUUCUGUGGAAUCUGCAGUGCUGUCUCUCUGUGCUUCGGAUGUUGGUUGUUUGUGUUUUCUGUUUUUUUAGAUUAGGAUCACCAGAGCUUUAUUAGGCCUUUCAGGGAAGCAACUUUUAGCUUUGUGGAUCCUUUCUCUUGUAAAUUUGUUUUCAUUGUCUUUCUUUCUUUGAGUUUAUUUUGCUGUUUUUCUAAUUUUCAUUGUCUCUUUUCCAAAAAAUGCAUUUAAGAUUAAAUUAUCUUUAGCUAUAUCCUACAAAUUGUUAGUAUUUUACAUUUAAUUCAACAUAGUUAUCAAACUUACAUUUUUUAACAUCCAGAUAUACGGCUGUUUUAUUUUUGUUGAUUCUUUGCGUUACUGGUCAGAAGAUACAUCCUGAAUGUCAGUUCUUUGAUAGUUGCUGGGACUGGCUUUAAGCCUGGCCUGCACCCGGUGGCUGGCCUUCACUAGGUAGCCUGCCCCCAUGGUUCCUGCCUGAGCUUUGGUUUCUCUGUGGGGCUUUCAAAAGUAAGCUUAAAUUUUUAAGAAUAUUCUGUGCUUUUUUCCCCCUCUGGAUUAUCAUCUUCCCUACAUACCUCUUUGUUUUCGCAUAUGUAUGUUUUAUCUUGUUUUUGGUUGUUUUCAGUGGGAAAAUUGAUGGAAAUGCUAGCCUGCCAUUGAUUGGAAAUCUCUGCUUGUAUUUUCCGCCCUUCUGCUUUCUUAUCUAGUUUAAUGGAUAAGUUAAAAUUUUCAGGCCACUUUUCAUUAGUGUGUACAGUAUACCAGUCUCUGCUCUGGCCAGAGGUGAUGCAGUGACAGAAGAGGCUCACCCCUCUCUCUAAGGAACUGAGUUUACAGGGGGAAGUUACUGAAACCGGUAUUUGCUUGGAUUAUUUUCCUUCACUGAAUUUCAAAAGAUUGUUUCUUUUAAAGUCAGGUUGGUUUUCCUGGAGCCCUUUUUUUUGCUUCCAUAGUGUACUGAUGAAUAGUGCUAUUUGUUUUAUACUCUGUACCCUGCUUGGUUUUUAUUUAUGGGACUUUUGAAACAGUCUGCAUGAUCAAGCCUCCCUUGCAGGCAGGGACAGAGCCUGGUCCUUCCCUGGCUAGGAGUUGCAAAGGGCAUAUUCGGCACAUGUGACUGCUAGAAUGAGUGAACCAAGGCGGCUGUGUAUGAGGAAGAGCCCAGACAUCAUAUCCAGGAACUGGGAAAACGUGGAGCCUGACAUGGAUUGAGUACUUGACUAGGACGUUAAUGUCAGCACGUCUUCCUGGUGCUCCUGGCACUGCUGCAGUGGUAGCAGUCUGCAGUUGUGUGACGUGUGCAGCUGCCAGAGCUCCAGAGCAUCCUUAGUGGACACAGUGGUUGGAGAUGGCCGUCUCUCCUUUGGACAGUGCGUGGUGCUCACUAGGAAGGUCAUCUGGCGCACGCGGCCCUCUGACUCUGCUGGAUGAGCUUUCUUGGAAACACCAGGAGGUCAGCUUGCCCUCCAGUGACCCCAGCUCCUGCUACGUGGUUCUGCUCUGUCGUUUCACCCCAGCGGACUGUUGCAGCCCUAAGAGGCACCUAGAAUGCCAGGUGUUUUGUCCACUGGUAGAAGGGCUUGUGUUCCCCCACUGACCAGGAGCCUGUGACAUGGGUGUCAGCAGUUGGAGGUGUUCUGAGGCUCACUUAUGCUUCAGAAGCUCUGAGGGCCUUUGGGUGACUGACCUGGAGUCGGCGUGCCCAGCUGUGAAAGCAGGCAGUGCCGGUGCCUGCUGCGGGUCAUCCGUUCUCCUCGUGUCUCCACUUGUCACUACUGCUGACCUCUGGUUUACUCCAUAGUCAGGAAAGGGGAGCCAGACCAAGGUGGGCCUGAGCCUGGGCUGGUUUGUCGCAGCGUUGACUGGCCGCACACACCCGGGGCUGGGGAGUGGUUUGGUACUUUGCUUCUCUGAAGGGCUCUCCACCAGGUGUGAGGCUCGGUGCGUGCGUUCUCCUGGUCCCCUUCUGUUUACCUCUGUGGUCAACUUCGGAAGCCCUGAGGCUCCUCCCCAUUCUCUGUCUCUUGUUCAGGCAAGCAUGGUGUGACCUGCAGGGCUACAUCCAUGGGGAAGGGCCAUUCCAGAGCGCUUGCAGGCUCCUGCAGGGAUUCUGGAAUUUGAUGUAUUCAGUUGCUGGGUGGAGGGAACACCAUUGUUAGUAUCUGUGCCCAUCAGCGCGGAGGUGGUUCAUGUCACGGGGGCGGCGUGGAGCUGGGGGGCCAGGCUUCUUUUCUGCCCUUUGGGCAAGAAGUCUCAUCUCUGAGCUGUUCUUCCAUUGAAGACGGGGACAGUCAUCAGCAGUGGAGGUGGCUCCCUGGCCGCUGUGUGUAUUCAUUUACUGAGUGGUCAAGUGUGGAGCACCUGCGUGUGCCAGUAGCAUCCUGGGCCUUGGGACGUCCCUGGGGACUCCGUGUUCAGGUCCCUCCCUGAGCUCAGCCCUGCCAAGAGGUGAGCUCGGUCUCAAAAGAACCUGUGGAGACGCGGUUGCCGCACACUGGUGCCUGGGGGCAGCGGCAUCACCCUCCUUGCAGGCAUGUCCACACCUGGUCAGGGGCCCGUCUUGGCAGAGGGAGGUAAAAGCCGCAUUGGAGCUGAGAAGAGCUGGGGUCAUCCCUGCCCACGCCAGAAUUUCCUCCUGCUCCUGGCUGACUGCGAAGCUCCCCUCCCCUGGCCUUCGUGUGGACAGCACCUGCCAGCCCACGCUUUCCUUCCAGGUGAGCUGUGGGCACCGGGGCCUCCGUUUUCAGAAGAGGAAGCUGGCAGCUCUCAGAGGAUUGUUGAAGAAAGGAGGCGGCCAAGGAGGACCGCGAGGAGGCUGCGCCAGGACCAGGCUGACAGCUGCGUGGUGAGCAGCGAUGAGGAGGAGCUGUCCAGGGACAGGGACGUGUACGUGACCACCCAUACUCCUAGAAACGCCAGGGAAGAGGCAGCUACAGGACCCAGGCCGUCUGGUACUGUCAGUUGUCCAAUCUGCAUGGACGGGUACUCAGAGAUUGUGCAGAAUGGACGUCUCAUUGUUUCUACAGAAUGUGGCCACGUCUUCUGUAGCCAGUGCCUCCGCGAUUCCCUUAAGAAUGCUAACACUUGUCCAACUUGCAGGAAAAAGAUCAACCACAAAAGAUACCACCCCAUUUAUAUAUGAAGUGUUGGGAGCCGCUCAGGAGAGAUGGAUGGACAGACAGAGCCUGGCUGGGUUUUCCUUGCGGCCUCACGUGGGUUAUCUGCCUCCAGUUUCUUGAGCUCAAAAAGACUGUUUGAAAAUCAGCAUCUGAUAUGUAAACUGCUCUUUUGUUUCCAGCCCCUCUUAGAUCCUUUUGUUACCUCUAGUUUGAUGCUGUGGAGCUGGAGCCCGGGCCCUCCCAGGCCAGGUCUCCAUCUGCUCCUCUGGGUAGUCUGGAUCCAGGGUAGGAGAGAGGGAGUUAGGCACAUUGGAAUUGAGAAUCGUGGUUCCAGCCUCUUUCCAGAACCUGCACGUUUGCCAAGAAGUUUUCCCCAUUUGUGAAGUUUGCCCCAGCUUCCUCCUGGCAAUACCGUUGAGGAGCCGGCCCUAGCUGGAGAGCAAGCAGGUCCACCCAGCUCUCCCAGGCGUUCCCCCUUAUCUGAGGCGUCUGCCCACCGCGGUGACCAAGCCAGACAAAGUCCCUCCGGCCUGAGGAUCCCAGGUGCACGCACAGCGCCGGGAAGACCAACCACUGGACUUCUCUUCACGUGAGAGUCAGGUCACCCGUGACUCCACCUGCAUUGAUGUCAGGGAUCCCUCCAGAUCACAAGGACUCUGCAGGGCAAUUCCCAGUUUCUUAAGAACGAAAUGUGCAAUAAAGCCCGUUCUUCACCUGCCUUUCAGCAGCCCAGGAGAUGUAGCACUCCUAGUGUCCCUCAGAGGCCUCAUGGCCUACGGAGCAGUGCCUGUCUCACCCCGUCCUGUUGUCCACCUGCUCUCAGGAACUUUACCCGUGCCUGAGUCCUUCACCUGGCCCAGGCCACGCGAGGUCAGUGGGGCAGGCACGUGGUUGGGUGUCCUCUCUCUUUUCUGAUAAAAAUCCACCCUGUUUACCACACGCCCUCUGGCCCUCAGUUCCCACUGCCUGAUGUCUACUCAAGCAUAGACCCUGGGCGGUGGUGGCGGUAAUUGUGGCCUUAUUUAGCCACCUGUGUCCAAGCUGUUGCCCAAGUCACGGCCGCCCUGCGUUUCGAAGCGCUCGGGUACCACCUCCACCAAUUGACAUUCAUUUCAGAAGCUGCUCUUCUGGCCCUUAGGCCGUGAUCCUUUGGGCUUUGAUCACUCUGUAGGGUUUGGUUGGCAAAGUACGGCGGCCUCUCCUCCCUAGGGGCCCGGGCAACAGCCUCUACUCAACUCCAUAGGUGUGAGAGCCUCGGGUCCUCAAGGAGGCAGCAGGGCGGCCCAGGCCGCCCCUCGCAGUACAGGGCUUGGGGGUGGCUGGCUGGGGAGAGGCCUUGCAGUGCCCGCUGCCUCCCCCUCUGCACCCGUCCUUCCUCAGAGGGCUUCAGAGCAAACCAGCAGCCUUUUCAUGUGAAACAUCUUUGAGGUGGGAGAGGGGCCUCCUCUGGCUUUGCUAGCAAUAACUGACCUUCAGUGUAUCCUUCUGGAGGAGCAGAGACUCAGCACAGAAUUCACUUUAAAGGGGGCUGAAGGAGUGUCCCUCCUCUGUGUGAAAAGGAAACUGUUUCACUCUUUGCUCUGACUUUUUAAGCUGGCUCAGUGCCAGUUCGCUUGGUGAAAGUAGUAGUUUCUACUUGGCGUCGGGGUGGGCGGGGCACUGGUUCUCAGCAGCAUGGUGUGUGGCGAGUCCGCCCGUUGUCGGGCACCGUUGCCGGUAGUUCCUUCUGGGCUCCGUGGGAUGCUCUGUGUCACGUUCUGACAACACCCAGGCUUCAGGAGCCAAGACAGCCACACAGCCGAAAUCUCUUGCAGUUUAUGCUUAAGGACAAAUGGUUGAUCAUAAAAGUUGUAUUCCUUCAUACUAAAUUAAAUUGGGAAAAAAUGUUUAGUUUCUACUACUCAGACAUUGUAAAAUAGGAAGAUUGACGUGAAAAAUCCCUUUCCCUUUCUCCGUGUACAUAGUUCAAAUCUUUCUUUGUUACAUUUAAACUAUAUCCAUGUAUAUCAGUCUGUUUUGGACUCCUGCUAGUGUUACAGGUGGAAAUAAAACCAUUAAUUUGAACUAGG